GAGGCGGGCGCUGGCGGCGGGGGCUGCCGGGGCGCCGGGGGCGGCGGGGCGGCGCGGCGGGCACCGGGCGCGGGCACAGCUGCGGGCACCAGCCACGCCGGUGUCGCCGCCGCUGCCGCCGCCACCGCCGGGCGGAUCCCGCGCUUCUGCCGGAGCUUCUUUCGGUCGCUUUACUUUGGCGGCCCGGAGCAGGGACAUUAUGCCGAAGAGAAAGUCUCCAGAGGGUGCUGAAGGCAAGGAUGCAGCAAAAGUAACUAAACAAGAGCCCACAAGACGAUCAGCAAGACUGUCAGCUAAACCUGCUCCACCAAAACCUGAACCCAAACCAAGGAAAACAACAAAGAAGGAACCUGGAACAAAAGCCAGCAAAGGUGCUAAAGGGAAGAAGGAUGAAAAGCAAGAAGCUGCAAAGGAAGGUACUACACCAUCUGAAAAUGGUGAAAAUAAAACUGAAGAGGCUCAGAAAACUGAAUCUGUAGGUGACAAGAAUGAAUGAAAUACCAUGAAAAUUUUGGGUUGAUUUUAUGUACCUCUUGGACAACUUUUAAAAGAUAUUUUUAUCAAGUAUUUUGUAAAUGCUAAUUUUUUUAGGACUAUGAUAGUUGACGUAUUAAACUGUAUAUGAACAUUUCCCUUCUCAUAACAGUGCUUUUAGAAAUUCCCAUUGUUGCCAAGUAAUAUAAAUAUCAACUUAAUAUUGCAAGGUAUGUGUAAAAUUGGAUCAGCAUUCCAUACACUUGCUUUAAGAAAUUAUGUCUUGUGCAUAUGGUGAUGUUUUUACUGUGUGUAUUGGAAUUUUUCAUGCAGUUUUUCUAGAGCAAUAAUCAGUGGUGCUUUUGUACUUAGGUUUUAUGUGAUUUUAAUGAAACAUGGAUAGAUGUGGCCACCUGCUGACUAUUUUGGGUUCUUUUAAUGGAUUAAAAUAAAAGGUCUCCUUGCCCGCAAAACUAAAGACUCUUAAUGUUUUCUCUUAAUCUGAGGAAUGCCGUACUCACGUCUUUGACUGUUACAAGGCACACUAAAUGAUUUAGUAACAAUUGUUUUGCAUGCAGUGUGUUUGCUUUUCUUUGCUGAUGUCUGAUUAAAAACCACACACACAGGAGCAGCAGACUGGGAUUUUCAGUGGCCUGCAGUUUAGGAGACUUACAGAUAAAUUCUUCCUAGAUACACUCAUCAAAUACACUGUCACAGGGUGAGUAGAGUUGCCGCACUCUGACAGGAUAUUGUGUCUUCAAUGAGCUAUCAGUACAGAACAAAUUGCUUGAUAGAGACGUACAGUAAUUUAAAAGUAGCUUUGUUUCUCCCCACUCUCUUUUCAUUAAUGUGCACUGUAGUCUAUGGAAACCUUUCUUUCUAUCUGUAGCCUCAAAUUUAAUAUAAAUAGUAAUUGCUGUUCUUCAGCUGAGGACAGUUGUUAAUACAUUGAAAUCGCUGUUAAACAGUGCUGUAUAUUUGGUACCUGGUGGAAGUGGAACAAUGAAAGCUGGUUUUGAGGUAAUUGUGGUGAUGUGGUGGAUUAACUAAUGAUUUUUUAGUGUCCAUGUUUCAACUCUGCAGCUCAUUCUAAGUACCUUUUAUGAUUUUUCUCCUUCUCUUUUCUCUAGGGGUCCUGGUGUUUCUAUUGUUACUUCUGGGAUGGGAGGGUGAAAGAAAAGAUGUUCCCUGUUCUUCAGUAGCAUUGAUUUGUAUUGGUCAAGUGGUAGCCAUUAUGUCUGAGGAUACCUUUUGCUUGUUUAAGUCAAUAAAUAAAUGACUGUUGUCUGA